GAUUUGAUGUGUUGGUAGUAAUAAUUAGGUGGGCUGCAUCGCAUAUGACUAUUGGGUAUUCCUAUUCACACCCCCUCUACUUGUUUUGUGUGUUCCCUCAUUCAUUCGUUCAUUCAUCCACUCACUCACCAACCACCAACCCACAAGCAGUCUCCUUCAUUUCCGAUUAUAUUCUUACAACAAAUCUGGUGAGGUAGAUCGAGCGAUGGCAUAUUCAGGUGUUGUUAGGAGUAACACAAAUCCUUUGGCUUCUUGUUCUUCGUAUAAUAACCAAAGCAUCGUGAGGAAACAAGAAAGAGGUGGUAUUGAAGUAGGGUUUGGAAUAAGGAAGAGAACAAGUAGAGUGGCGGUGAUCAAGUGUGGUAUCGAGCGUAGCAGUGAUGGGAAGAAAGGAGUAGUAUCCAAUUCCAAUUAUGUGGUACCUCUUGAUGACACGCUUUCAUUCACAAACUCAUCAUCCUGUAUAACUCGUCCUUUAGGUGAGAUUCUUAGAGAUUUGAACAAAAGGAUUCCAGAUACUAUCGUCAAACCUCAUAAUACAACUGCUAUAUCUCCUCCUCCUCCUUGGUAUCAUGCCAACAGGAUGUUGAGCUUCUACGCACCAGGAUGGUGUGGAGAGAUACGCGAUGUCAUUUUCUCUGAUAAUUCUACUGUUACUGUUGUUUACCGUCUUACUGUACGCGGAUCUGAUGGAGAGGCCUAUCGUGAGUCAACCGGAACAGUAUCAACUACUGAUGCCUCUAUUGGUGAUCCAGUUUCAGCAGCAGAGGAAAAUGCUUUCUGUAAAGCCUGUGCUCGGUUUGGUCUUGGCUUGUAUUUGUAUCAUGAAGAUCAAAUGACCAACAUUUAAGCAUCCAUAUUUCGUCUGGUUUACUGUGAUUUUUACUGGUUUCUUCUAAUUGGUAUAAAUAGAAGUGAGCAAAAGGUGGCGGUUAGAUACUUGUUUUGUACGAAUACAAAUGCUUAUUUGAAAGCAUGUUUCGUUUUUGGCUUUAUGUUUUCAAAGUUAGGGUGGCCUAGGCCUUAAAUUUGAUGUGGAAAUGAACAAUUUCAUUAUGCUUUUACUAUUAGACGACUACAAGGUGCUGUCCAUAUGUUCUGAGUCCAUGCAGGAUUUGAAAAACAGGGGUGAUAUCUGAUUAUGGAAAAUUUAUAAUUUGUUUGGUUAAAUAGCAUAAGUAAAAGUUUGUGUUA